CUAUAUAUAUAUAUAUAUAUACGUAUCUUGUGUGAGAAUAAUUAAUGGGUACACAAAAAAGACCACCCCACUACACCACCAUGCACUCUCCUUUCAUCUUCUUCCUCCUCUGGUUUUGGUUACUGCUCCUGUUAGUCGCCAUUGUUGGUGUUGUUGUGGGGGACACUCGUGGAGAGCGAUGCUCAGAAGCUGAUCGGGAUCGUAUAAGGGCUCUCCCCGGUCAACCCCCGGUGGGCUUUGACCAGUUCUCCGGGUACGUCACCGUGGACCGGGUCCACGGCAGGGCCCUCUUCUAUUGGCUCACGGAGGCCACCGUGGACUCUUCUGUGAAGCCCCUCGUUCUUUGGCUCAAUGGAGGUCCGGGCUGCUCUUCGGUGGCUUACGGAGCAUCGGAGGAGGUCGGACCGUUCAGGAUCAAACGAAAUGGCUCGUCACUGUACCUAAACAAAUACUCGUGGAAUCGAGAAGCAAACCUUCUUUUUCUUGAAUCACCCGCCGGCGUCGGAUUCUCGUACACAAACACCAGCUCUGAUCUAAAAACCUCUGGGGAUAAACGAACCGCUCAGGAUGCUUUGCAUUUUUUGGUUGGUUGGUAUUCGAGAUUUCCGCAAUAUAAACAUCGAGAUUUCUACAUUGCAGGGGAGAGCUAUGCAGGGCACUAUGUGCCUCAGUUGGCAAAGAAAAUAGUCGACUACAACAAAGCUAUAUCAAAGCCCUUCAUCAACCUCAAGGGAUUUCUCGUCGGCAACGCGGUGACGGACAACUACUACGACAGCAUCGGCACUGUUUCCUACUGGUGGACCCACGCCAUGAUCUCCGACAGCACCUACCGCUCCAUUCUCUCCUCCUGCAACUUCUCCGCCGUCAAGACGUCCCGCCCCUGCGACGGUGCUGUCAACUACGCCAUGAACCACGAGUUCGGGGACAUCGACCAGUACAGCAUCUACACUCCCUCCUGUGCUGCUGCUGCUGCCACCUCCAAUUCCUCUGCACGCCACCGCCCCCUCAUGCGGCUCAAGAACACCUUACUCCGCCGCCGCUCCUAUUCGGGCUACGACCCCUGCACUGAAACUUACGCCGAGAAGUACUACAACCGUCCCGACGUGCAGAGAGUGAUGCAUGCGAAUAUCACGAGAAUUCCUUACAGAUGGACGGCCUGCAGCGACGUACUCAUAAAGACGUGGCGUGAUUCUCAGAUCUCCAUGCUGCCGACGUACAAGGAGCUGAUCGGCGCAGGUCUGAGGAUAUGGGUGUUUAGUGGGGACACUGAUUCAGUGGUACCGGUGACGGCGACAAGGUUCUCGAUCGGCCAUCUCCAUCUGAAGGUGAAGAUCCCUUGGUAUCCAUGGUACUCGGGCCGACAAGUCGGAGGAUGGUCGGAGGUAUACGAGGGGUUGACGUUCGCGUCGGUGAGAGGAGCAGGGCACGAGGUGCCGUUGUUUCAGCCGCGACGAGCAUUCGAGCUGUUCCAGUCAUUUUUAGCAGGAGAACCAUUACCAAAAUCUUAAGACCUGCAGCAUAAAAUGUUGUUUCUGUUUGUGAAAUUUGAAGCAAUUUCAGAAAAGAAAAUGAGGAGGGAGAGAGUGAUGGUGGAUAGAUGAACUUAGGAUUAGGAAGUAGGUCGAAAAUAAAAAAUGUAUCAUGAAGGGAGAGUGAUUCAUUGGCACUAGAAAAUUCUCUGCUGGAAAUAAUGCGUUGAACAUUUGAAAGCAAAUUAUUCGUUCAUUUCUUUUGGCUC